UAAGCAGACCCCGUCCUUCAGGGCGGCAGAGAUGCCAGCGCUCGCGGCAGAGGCCCGGAGCCCUGGCGAGGACAGCGCUGGCUGCGGGAGCCGGGUCCCCGCGCGCGCGUGCGUGGACGAGGCGCGCGCCGGGAGUGCGUGCAGCUGCGGGGAGCCGGUGGUGGCGCGCAGGAAGCGAGCCGGGUUCGCACCGCAGCGGGUGCUAGUGGCUGGCGAGCCGGGGAAGCCCAUUUGUCUUCCACCCUGCAUGCAGAGGCAGCGGGUCUCCAUUUCCAUCAGGCUGGGAUGAAGGCCCCUCUUCUCUCUGAACACACCAGACUGUGGUGCUGCAGCGGACCUUGGGGACCUCAGGGGCAGAACUGAGACGGAGCAGUGGAAUGACGGUGUGAGCCCUGUAAGUAACAUAUGGCAGAAAUCUAGGCUAAGCCGUGAAAGUCCUGUGGUUAAGGAUAAAUUUGUAGCAGUGGUGUUGCUUGAGUUGGACACAGACUAGAAAUCCUUCAAAAGACAAGCGAGACCUGCUUACUAAUAACUGACGUCAACUGAUGUGUGUGUUGGGGUGGAGGACACUCACCCAAGCUUUGCUCCAUCUUGUAGAAGCUGUGCCUUCUGUACUCCUCGGCUGCUCUGGAUGGCCCCGCCUGUCUUGACUACCCUUCCCAAUAAGAUGUCACUGAGGUCCCUCAAAUGGAGCCUCCUGCUGCUGUCUCUGCUGAGCUUCCUGCUGAUGUGGUACCUCAGCCUUCCCCACUACAAUGUGAUCGAGCGUGUGAACUGGAUGUACUUCUACGAGUAUGAGCCCAUUUACAGACAGGACUUCCGCUUCACGCUCCGAGAACAUUCCAACUGCUCUCAUCAGAACCCGUUCCUGGUCAUCCUCGUGACCUCGCGCCCCUCCGACGUGAAGGCCAGACAAGCCAUUAGAGUUACUUGGGGUGAAAAAAAGUCCUGGUGGGGAUAUGAGGUUCUGACCUUUUUCCUGUUGGGCCAGGAGGCCGAAAGGGAGGAGAAAAUGUUGGCACUGUCCUUGGAGGACGAACACCUACUCUAUGGCGAUAUUAUACGGCAAGAUUUUUUAGACACAUAUAAUAACUUGACCUUGAAAACCAUCAUGGCUUUCAGGUGGGUCAUUGAAUUUUGCCCCAAUGCCAAGUAUGUCAUGAAAACAGACACUGAUGUUUUCAUAAACACUGGCAAUUUAGUCAAGUAUCUUUUAAAUGUAAACCACACGGAGAAGUUUUUCACGGGUUAUCCUCUAAUUGAUAACUAUUCCUAUAGAGGAUUUUUCCAGAAAAACCAUAUUUCGUACAAGGAGUAUCCUUUCAAGGUGUUCCCUCCCUACUGUAGUGGGCUGGGCUACAUUAUGUCCAGUGAUCUAGUGCCGAGGAUCUAUGAAAUGAUGAGUCACGUGAAGCCUAUCAAGUUUGAAGAUGUUUAUGUUGGGAUCUGUCUGAACUUGUUAAAAGUGGACAUUCAUAUUCCAGAAGACACCAACCUUUUCUUUCUGUAUAGAAUCCACCUGGAUGUAUGUCAGCUCAGACGCGUGAUUGCAGCCCAUGGCUUUUCUUCCAAGGAGAUCAUCACAUUUUGGCAGGUGAUGCUGAGGAACACCACGUGCCAUUAUUAAGCCCGUGCUCCAUACAUCCAGGGAGGGGGCUCUGUAGAAAGGGUCAGAGUGAGGGCUGUGGAGAACUCUGGAAGUUUGGUGUGCUGGCUUGCCUGAACCGAAACUCCUGGAGUUCCAAGGCCUAAGCUGACUAGUGAUUUGUUUUAAUAAAAUUUAACUCCUUUGAUCCUUUGAAGGUGAUAGAGAAGUUAAACAUAAAGCAAAGUUAAACAAAUGGUUUUUCUAAUAAAAUCAAAGGAACAAACAGUCUGGGUGACCUGGGUGUUAGAUUAGAAUGUCUUAAGAUUUUCCUGAAAGAAAAGCUAACUAGUCCACAGCAGCAAAACAGUGCGGGGUUGUAAUUAUUAGAUAGUCUAGUCACAUAAUGGUUCAGUGUGUAUCUUAGGCAGUUAUUAUUAAUAUGUAUAUUUCUUGUAAAAAGCUUUACUGAAGUUAUUCUGAAGAAAAUUUCAUUUAUAUUGCUUUCCGUCACAAGAUACUUGAUGAUGUGGUGUUUGAGAGUUAUCAAAUAUUAUUUAGUGUUAUUUCAAUUUUCUAAGUUUAAAGGCUAUGGUGGUUUCAGUAUUAUAUAGUGAAUCACCUUUCAUGUUUGGACUUUGCUUUACUCCACUGAUCAGUUGAACUCUGAAAGUACCAUUAAUGUGACAUCAUAGGUUUUCACUAACAAUAGUCUGUUGAACUUCGUUGCAUCCUUUCCUGUAGACAUAUGGAGAAUUAAAGCAAGAAAAGUCAAGUUAUGUACAGUUUUUUAAAAAUGUGGUCAGUGUUUCUAGAUGUCACUUCAUCUGCCUCAUUUUUCCCCACAGAACUUGAGACUAAUACAGAAUUCCAAGCAGUCCCUUUCCUAAAGGCACAAAAGGCUCAGGUGGCAUAGAGUAUACUAUUAUUGCAGUAUUUAAGCUGGAAAAGGAAGGUGGAAGAUUCAUGUUGCAUUGUGAACCCACCCAGUGUGUAUUUUCUACUGAGUAAUCAAUUGGUGAAUAAAGGAUUUUAAAAGAGAAGAAAAACCACUUGUGUCGUUAUUAGCUGACCAUGGAGACCGGAGUCUGCCUUGGAGUCUGAUUUAAGUCUCCUGUCCUUUCCCAGGGCUGGUGCUCCCUUGCAGACCUGUUACUAAGAGAGGAAUGGGGAUUCCCCCUCCCCAGAUUCCAGCGAUUAUGCAACUUUCUCUUAGAGUUGAUUAAGAGCAGGUGACAGCUUUCUUAUUAUCUCUUAGUGAGAGUUCAAACUUAUAUUUUUGGUUGUGAGCCUAGCCUUUAACGGCUGAGCCAUCUCUCCAGCCCUAUUAUUUGUAAAAGCCAGAAGUUGGAGACAGCCCAGAUGCCCCUCAGUUGAGGAAUGGAUACAGAAAUUGUGGUACAUCUACACAAUGGAAUAUUACUCAGCGAUAAAAAACAAGGAAAUCAUGAAAUUUGCAGGUAAAUAGUGGGAACUAGAAAAGAUCAUCCUGAGUGAGAUAUCCCAGAAGCAGAAAGACACACAGGGUAUAUACUCACUCAUAGUGGAUACUAGACAUAUAAUAUAGGAAAAACAUACUAAAAUAUAUACACCUAAGGAAGCUAAUCAGGAAGGAGGACUCUGGCUAAGAUGCUCAAUCCCCAUUCAGAAAGGCAAAGAGGAUAGACAUCAGAAGAGGGAGAAAACAGGGAACAGGACAGGAGCCUACCACAGAGGCCUCUGAAAGGCUCUACCCUGCAGGGUAUCGAGGCAGAUGUUGAGACUCAUAGCCAAACUUUGGGCAGAGUACAGGGAAUCAUAAGAAAGAAGUGGGAGAUAGUAAGACUUGGAGAGGACAGGAGUUCCACAAGGACAGCAACAGAUCCAAAAGUCUGGGCACAGGUGUCUUUUCUGAAACUGAUACUCCAGCCAAGGACCACUCAUGGAGAUGGCCUGCACAGAUACCUGCACAGAGGUAGCCUGUGGCAGUUCAGUAUCCAAGUGUCCUCCAUAGUAAUGGGGACAGAGACUGUCUCUGACUUGAACUGAUUGGCCUGCUCUUUGAUCACCUCCCUCUGAGGGGGGAGCAGCCUUACCAGGCCACAGAAGAAGACAAUGCAGCCAUUCCUGAUGAGACCUGAUAGACUAGGAUCAGAGGGAAGGGGAGGAGGACCUCCUUUUUCAGUGGACUGGGAGAGGGACACAGGUGGGGAAGA